AUGGUUUCGACUUUGUCAUUCACGAAGGCCGUGGAUUCUGAAGGUCGAGUUGUUGAACCAAGCGAAACCUUUACGAGCGCUUCUUUGAGCUUUCCCGUUCCUUUCAAAUGCACGAUCAAGGCGCGUUCUCCUCAGACACAGGCGUUGUUAGAUUAG